AACUACCAACAAUGGCGAGAAGAUACGACUCAAGGACGACAAUAUUCAGUCCUGAAGGCAGGCUCUAUCAAAUUGAAUACGCGAUGGAAGCGAUCUCGCACGCUGGAACUUGUAUCGGUAUUUUAGCCCAAGACGGUGUCGUUUUGGCAGCAGAGAAGCGUGUAACUUCCAAACUCCUCGAUAAAGCAGAAGCAUCAAAUGAGAAGAUAUUCAACUUAAACUCUAACAUUUUAGCUGGUGUCGCUGGUAUAACUGCAGAUGCAAACUCCUUGGUGAAUUACGCACGCAUGCAAGCACAGAAGUACCUUUACACUUACGACGAUAAUAUCCCUGUAGAACAACUCACACAAAGACUUUGUGAUUUAAAGCAAGGAUACACCCAAUACGGUGGUUUGAGACCAUUUGGUGUUAGUUUACUCUACGCUGGACAUGACAUGCAUCACGGCUUUCAACUAUACCACAGUGAUCCUUCAGGUAACUAUUCUGGCUGGAAAGCCACCUGCGUCGGUGCAAACAAUGGUACUGCACAAUCACUUCUCAAGCAAGACUACAGAGACGGUGUGAGCCUCUGGUCAGCAGCUCCUAACCAACAAGAUGAAACUGAGGGCUCAAAGUGUGGCGCUGUUGAAUUGGCAUGUAAGAUACUCGGUAAGACAUUAGACGCGACGACUAUAGACUCAGAUAAGGUUGAAUUUGCUAUAUUAAAACUUGAUCCAAAAACAGGUGAACCUAAAGGACACAUUUUGAAAGCACCAGAAAUUGAUAAACUACUCACGAAGAAAGAAUGGACUUUUCAUGAAGAGACACUCGUCAUUUCCUCAGACAGUGGCUCUGAUAACGAUGACGAAAUUGGGAACACAGGCAGCAUACACACUUUAAACGCAUCUUCCGAUAGUUUCGUAGUCCCAAAGCUCGAUAAUGCUAUACAGUUCAUCCUAUUUGUACAGGCGUGCGUUGAAUGCUCAUCAACACGCUCACGGAUUGAAAUCACCAACAUUUUGACGAAUUAUUUGCGUAUCGUUCGUAAAAAUGAUCCAGAUGCUUUAUUACCAUCCCUCUGGCUAUUUUCCUCGCAGCUUGGUCCACCUUAUGAGCCAAACGAGCUCGGAGUCGGCAAAUUGGUACUCAACGGUGCACUCAAGGACGUCGCCGCACUCUCACCCACACGACUCAAACAGCUUCACAACCGUCUGGGUGAUAUUGGCGAUGUCGCAUUCGAGGCGACCCGUAACGUCAUUUCUGUCGUCAAACCGAAACCAUUAACGGUCUCGCAAGUUUAUGGGACAUUCAAGGAUAUAGCUACACAACAUGGUCCGCGUUCUGUAACAGCCAAGACGAACCUUGUCAAAAAGCUACUUGUAUCUGCCAAAGCUGAGCAAGCGCGGUGGUUGAUGAGGGCCCUUGUCCAGAAUCUUCGCAUCGGGGCUGUCCGCACAACGCUCUCACAUGCACUCGCGAGGGCGUUUGCUGUAGGUACACCAAUAGAUCUUCCAUCCGCUGAGAAGAUUGUCAGACGAGUGUAUGCGCGACACCCAAACUAUACGACACUUGUGAAGGCUCUUCUCGACAGUGGACUCAACGAGCUGGAAAUGAAGGUACCCGUGCAAGUUGGUACACCUGUGCAGCCAAUGCUCGGUGCAAUUACACGUUCACUAGCUGACGUUCAGACUCGCCUUCGUGGCCAGCCAUUCACGAGUGAGGCGAAACUUGAUGGACAAAGGUGUCAACUUCAUGCUAGUUUGGUUGAUAGCAAGCAAAAGAACGGUUGGACUUCACCCCUCGUACGCGAUAAUACGUAUCUCUAUGUGCGGCUAUUCUCCAGGCGUCUCGAAGAUAUGACAGAGAAGUAUCCAGAUGCCGCGAUGAGUCUUUAUGAGAUAUUUAAGAAUGAACCAUCACUCAGCAGCAUCGUUCUCGAUGCGGAAAUUGCAGCAAUUGAUGAUAUGGAUAACAUUAGGAGCUUUCAGGAGUUAUCGAAUAGGUCACGGAAGGCUGUAGAUGUAGAUGAAGUUAAAAUACGCGUAGCUGUUUUUGGAUUCGACUGUAUGCUAUUCAAUGGUGAAACACUCCUUGAUAAACCGUUCAGAGAACGACGGUCGAUAAUGCGAACACACGUGCCUCCGUUCAAGCCAUCUUCCAUUACCUAUGCACCCUGGGACCAUAUGCCAUCAAUUGAUGAUACUGGCCUCGUAGAAAUAAGUGCCUUCUUCGAAAAGUGUAUGACGAUGAAAGCAGAGGGUAUAAUGGUGAAACUGCUUGAUUACUAUGAGCCAACGGACACAGAUGACGCCGUGAAAACUCGUAGAAAAGCACUUCCAGCGACAUAUGAACCCGACAAGCGAGCAGAGAGUUGGCUGAAGGUGAAAAAAGACUACCUCGAAGAUGUUGGAGAUAGCAUAGAUUUGGUGCCAAUCGGAGCAUGGCAUGGGAUGGGUCGGAAAAACCAAUUUUGGUCGCCAAUUCUAUUAGGUGUUUAUGACGACGACGAGGGAGCGGUAACUGCCGUGUGUAAAUGUAUGUCAGGAUUUUCUGAUGCUUUCUAUAAAGCUAUCGGUGAGCGCUAUGCUGAGGGUUCGUCCAACGUCUCUAAGCAUGCAUUUCCUGGCGUUAUAAUUGGCGAUACAUCUCCGGACGUAUACUUCCAACCAUCAGAAGUAUGGGAAUGUCGAGGAGCAGACAUCACACAAUCACCGGUUUACCCCGCUGCUAAAGGACGUAUAAGUGAUAAAGGGCUUAGUAUACGUUUCCCGCGUUUUAUACGGGUUAGAGAGGACAAGGAUGUCGAGCAGGCUAAUACAGCUGCUGAUUUAGCCAGUAUGUACGAAAAACAGCAGUCUGGAUAACGAUUAUUUAUUAUAUUAUUUGUAUUAUUCGUAAAAUUGCAGCAUGCAU